CGUGGAGGGUGCAGCUGUCUCGCCAUAGCCGGAUGGCCAGGGAGCGGGAGGGGGUACCCUCAGGACAAGGCCAUUCUGGGACUCCAAUUCAAUUUGGGACUCUGAGCACAGAAACUCCGCCCUGUUUGAGGCCCACUACAGAGAGGCGGGUUAUGAAGAAUGAGGAAAAACAAGGCACACAAAAAAUAACCAGAGAAGGAAGAGAUCAUGGGGUGAAGCUGGUGAAGGACACACACUGCCUGAAACCUGCCAGGGCUGGGAGCUACUGGGUUUUGGGAUCCAUAGCCCAAAGCGGCUGGAAACACAUGGCACCGGUCAGUUAGGGACAGCCAUGCUGGGCCAGGCAGGGGUCUGUGGGCACGAGCGUGGCCUCACCAUCCUGCACUAUGCAGGCAAUCCAGGAGGCUGCCCCUCCAGCAGUGGAACCUCCUAGAGGGCAGGCACCUGCGGGCUGCCUUGCAUUGGUGGGGGCUGGGAAGCAGCUGGGGUGCAUGGGAGGAAAGGGAAGUGGCAGAGUCCUAUGAAACAGCCGCUUGCUGAUGGCCCGCUGUAUGCCAGGCCCCGUGCCCAGAGUGUAGAGGUAACCUGAGAGACUGGGAACAGGCAUCUACAGGAAAAUGAAAUCAGCCCCCAGCCAGACUUUGUAUUAUAAAGUCCUGGGCAACCUGGGCUGCCCUCUGCGCCAGCCACUGGGUCUCCACUUCCACAACGGCUCUUGCGCUGCCAGGCCCAUGUGCGCUCUGGUCUGCGCAGACCAGGCAUCAGGAGAGCCAGGCAGCGAUGAGCAGCCCCUCCAGGCGUCUCUGACCGGGAUAUCAGGUAGCUGGGCUGGGGAGGAAGCAGGGGGGUCAGACGGGGAGGGGGCCAGAAGGACUGGCUCAUCAGAGGUGUCCUGAGGUUUCCCAGCCGACUUGGGAGCAGCAGACAAUCUCGCAUUGUCCCCUGGCUGCAGCAUGGGGCAGGGGAGCCACUGGGCCCAGCACCCCACACCUGCAAGGGUGAGCGCUUCCCCCACUCACACCCUCUUGGGGACAGAGGCCCAGGGCUGCCUGGCAGGGCAGGAAGAGCAUCUGUCUCCUGAACUUCCUCAGCCUCUACCUCCCCUGAAGCAGCCCCACUGCCUGGCCUCCACUCUGGGCCCUACUGACUCCUAUGUGCCUCCAGGUGGAGAUCAAGCCCUGCCACGGGCGCUGGAGAGCUCCUGGCCUGCUGCUGCUGCUCCUGCUGCUGGCGCUGGCCACCGCCGCUGCUGUGGUUGGAGGGCUCCUUGGUUUCAGCCACAGCCCUCCUCAGGCCCCUCUGCACACGCUCCGCCUGAGCCUCCCGAGCCCAGGCAUGCCCCGGUCCAACCAAACCGAGCAGGUGGAUGUGGCUCAGAAUGUGGCAACCAUCUGGGUGACUCCAGCCCAGAGCAACCGCAGCUGGGCAGUGCUAUUCGACGGGCAGAGAGGCUGCGUCUGUUACCGGCCCUCGGAGCACCAGGCCUGCUUCCUGCGCCUGAUGGAACCCCGAGACCGUGAGACUCUGCAGCUGCUGGUGAACACCUCUCAGCUCCAGGCGACGCAAAGCCCCAGCCAGGACACCCACUACGCCCAGGAGCUGCUGGCAGUGCUGGGGAGCCAAGAGGUGGACCCUGCCCAGGUCGGGGCUCCCGUGCAGCACCUUUGUGCCAAGACUCCCAUUUACUGGGCCCGACGUGCAGAGGGGCCCCAGAGGCAGCGGCUGAUCUACCUGUGUAUCGACAUCUGCCUCCCGAGCAACAUCUGUGUGUCCGUCUGCUUUUAUUACCUCCCGGACUGACCCCCCAGCCUGGUCCCACAGACCGGUCACCUGGCCGACCCUGUCACCAGUCCACAGAGGGCGGACAGGGAUAAUAAACCACUCCACCUGGC